CACUCCCAUUCGGGAAGUCUCGUGUCAGCCAUUUUGGCUCCAAUUAUUCACAUGACGCGCCAGUUCUCCAGUCAUUCAGCCAGACCACGCCUUUUGCGCUUGAUAUUAUUCCACUCAAGAUGGCAGCAAGUCGACGGCUGUACAAGGAACUGGAAGAAAUUAAGAAGUCUGGAAUGAGAUGUUUCCGAAAUAUAUUUGUUGAUGAUGCAAACCUACUAACAUGGCAAGGCCUACUGGUACCAGACAGCCCUCCCUAUGACAAAGGGGCAUUCAAGAUUGAGAUAAACUUUCCAGCAGAGUACCCUUUCAAACCUCCAAAAAUUACCUUUAAAACAAAGAUCUACCACCCAAACAUUGAUGAAAAGGGACAAGUGUGUCUGCCUAUCAUAAGUGCAGAGAACUGGAAACCAGCAACAAAAACUGACCAAGUGAUCCAGUCCUUAAUUACCUUGGUAAAUGAACCGGAGCCUGAACAUCCUCUAAGGGCUGACCUCGCAGAAGAAUUUUCCAAGGACCAUAAAAAGUUCAUCAGGAAUGCAGAGGAGCACACUCGCAAAUUUGGAGAGAAGAGACCAGUGUGUGAAUGAACAGAAACAAUGCAUCAUGGAACGAGGGAGGGAUGGGGGUCAGUGGUUCAGAGAAAUACAAGGAGAUCCACCACAGCCUCUGUCCAUAUUCCGCCUAACUCUACACUUUUGUUGGAUGGAAUACACCUAAUGAUGUGCCUGUAAAUACAUUUUCAUUUUUUUGUAUCCCUUGAGGCGUGUAUUCUUCUUAGCUACCACUGCAAGAUCGUAUACGGCUAAGCUGUUCUCACAGGCUCAAAAACCGCAUCUUCGGGAUGCUAGCAAAUAGGAAGAGUCUCAUGGCAGAUGAGAACGAGGGAUGGAAAGUUUUCAUCUUUAGCACACAGUUGCCUUUUUUUUCUUUAAUAGUUGUAUUAGAGUAUCAGAGUGCCUGAAUUUAGUGCGGAUUUUCACCAAGUCUAUUUUGCACCACAGCUAACAGUAGAAAGGGGACAUGGCAUUAAAAAGGAAGAGACUCCAUAUCCCUAGUUACACUUUUUAAAGAUUGUAAGGUUGAACUUCUGGUCAACCUGCUGAAGAGUCCAUCAUAGAUCCGAGUGGGAGAAAACAAAGGCGGGUGUUCUCCUGGAGAACUGUCAUUUUGUUAGUGAAGAGAAAGCCCUGCAAACCACUUCUGGGAGCAUCCACUACAAUGUGCGCUGACUCCCCACCUGUAGGAUGGCCAGACUGCUACCCACCUUAAUUUUAUGAACUCUAUCUACACUGCUGUUUUUUCCUUUUUUUUAAUUCUUUUCUCAAGCUCCAAAAAUAAAAGUGUUUAUGAACCUCGUAAAGUACGCUGCAUCCUU